AGUGAUCAGACACCAAGUUUGCUUCAAAAGGAAUAUAUAGAAAUUAAGUUAAAACCUCAUGCUGAUGUUAUUUCCAAUCGUGAAUCUUUAAAUCUCCAAUAUUUACAGAUAUAUGAAGAAGGUGAAACUAGGUGACGUAUGAUGAACACCAUUAACACAAAUGGAAGCUCAAAAUCAAUAAACAAAAGUCUCUCUGUGAAAAGAGUAAACAGGAAAACAAAAACAAAUUGGAUCUUCUCUGCCCCGUGUGUGUCUCUCUCUCUUCUCUUAUCAGCGGGCGCCGUCAUCGCUUGUUCAUAUGAUUUCUUUAACAUGAUUAAAGCUUAAAAGAUUUCAAUGCCCUUUUUGAGAAAACUCACUUUUCCCUCUGUUUCUACUUUAUUGAACAAUUAUUUUCCCUUCAUGGGGUCAUGAGAACACUGAAUGCCAACCUCUGAUGACCUUCCACCCAUGGCCCAUGGGGGUUUACGAACUAUGGGAAGUAUGGGAUUCACGCGUUUCAUCUGUCAGAAAAGGAAAUCUCAUACAGAAACGCUUUUUCCCAUUAACAAAACUUCCGAGUUAAUCAGACUUGAUUGGCUGGAGUUGGAAGGCAAAGCAGAUCUAAAACAUGAAAGCUGACAAGGAGAAGCAACUAACCACAGGCCAAGGAUGCAGUAUCCGUGAAGUAGCGUAGCGAAUUUUCAAACGCGGUUUUAACGCUGUCACCACGUGGCUGACAACUAGGAAAUGUUCAAGCUCAUGCUUCCCAUCAAUGUUUAGUACCCCACAACUUCUUUCUGCCUCUGUCAACUGGUCCGUUCACCAUAUCUCACCUUCACAACCAACCAGUCUCCAAGCUUUCUUAUUCGAAGUUAAUUUGGAUUGAAUUUGAUGUGAUUAUGGAACUUCCCCUUCUGUUUUUCUUGCUAGUAUUGUAAAGCUUGGCCUUUUGGAAUCUGACAGGAACUUGAUCUUAUUCUUUAAAACAAAAAAAAAAAGAAGAGAAAUUGGACCCAUGAUUUCGCAAAAUCUGAUAAAUGUAACUACCCAAAACCCACAGGUUAAUGACAGCCACGUGUAUCGAAAAAUUUUUGUUUUAAAAAAAAACGAAUCAUUAACAUGACAAAACAAAUUCGUUAACUUUUUGUUUUCUGUUCCUUGUCAGUGCCUUCGGUUGUCGCCGUUGGCUUGGUCGGAGAAACCAAACCGGAUUCUGCUGUUUUGAACCUAACGCCAAUUUUACAGAAUGCGGCAGUAAGAUUUGUUGUUCCUCUGGUUAUAGCCAACGCGAAAGCAUAAGAAAAUUAACCACCAAAAACAAGAAAAGCAAAACCUGACUCUUCUUUUCACCUACCUACGUUUCACAUUGUUAUUUUAUCUACUUAGAUUCCACAAUUUCCUGUUUUUCGUCUGGCUUUUGAAUAAAUAUCUCGAUUUGAUUCAAUGGCGGACGAUAUUUCGGAUUCAAUUGUACGUCUGCAUGGCGACCUUGAUUUGAAAAUCAUCGAAGCUCGAUGCUUGCCGAACAUGGAUUUACUCUCGGAGCGACUCCGUCGAUGCUUAACAGCAUUCGACACGUGUCGAGCCCCGUUUUCUAGACGGAAGAAGAAUCACCACCACCGUAAAAUCAUCACCAGCGACCCUUAUGUAACGGUCUGCCUAGCCGGUGCCACGGUGGCACGGACGCGCGUGAUUUCGAAUUCCCAGAACCCGAUUUGGAACGAGCGCUUCAAAAUCCCCCUGGCGCACCCAGCAUCUCACGUCGAGUUUCACGUUAAGGAUAAUGACGUGUUCGGCGCCGAUUUGAUCGGGGUCGCAACCGUGUCAGCGGUUAAGGUUCUUUCCGGUGAAACCGUUAGCGGUUGGUUCCCUAUAAUCAGCUCUUACGGUAAACCGCCAAAGCCUGACUGCGCGGUUCGCCUGGAAAUGAGAUUCAUCAAAUGCGAGGAAAUCCCGUUUUACAGAUACGGAAUGGAGGCAAACCCGACCGAGUUCGGGAUUGGAAACUGUUAUUUCCCUGUUCGGCACGGGGGAUCCGUUACUUUAUACCAAGACGCUCACGUGAAGGAAUCGAUGCUACCGGAGAUUGAAUUGGAGAACGGAACCGUGUUCAAGCACGAGCCGUGUUGGGAAGAUAUCUGUCAUGCAAUCCUAGAAGCGCAUCAUUUGGUUUACAUCGUCGGGUGGUCCAUUUUUCACGAGGUGAAGCUUGUAAGAGAGCCGACGAGGCCGUUGCCAAGUGGUGGGAAUUUGAGUUUGGGGGAUUUGCUCAAGUACAAGUCGCAGGAAGGGGUCAGAGUUCUGUUGUUGGUUUGGGAUGACAAGACUUCCCAUAGCAAGUUUUUCAUUAACACGUCCGGAGUGAUGCAAACUCAUGAUGAAGAGACUCGGAAGUUUUUCAAGCACUCUUCUGUUUCAUGUGUUCUGUCCCCUCGUUAUGCCAGCAGUAAGCUUAGCAUUUUCAAGCAACAGGUUGUUGGAACCCUUUUUACACACCAUCAGAAAUGUGUGAUUGUUGAUUCGCAAGCAUCUGGAAACAAUCGAAAGAUUACUGCUUUUAUGGGAGGUCUGGACCUUUGUGAUGGCCGCUAUGAUACACCUGAACAUCGAUUAUUUCAGGAUCUUAAUACUGUAUUUCGAGAUGAUUAUCACAACCCGACAUUUUCUGCAGGAACCAAGGGGCCAAGGCAACCAUGGCAUGAUUUACAUUGUAAGGUUGAAGGGCCUGCUGCUUAUGAUAUUCUUACAAACUUUGAGCAGCGUUGGAGGAAAGCUAUAAAAUGGUCAGAGUUUGGACUUCAUUUCAAAAGGGUUACUAGGUGGCAUGAUGAUUCUUUGAUAAAGUUAGAACGCAUUUCAUGGAUACUAAGCCCUUCUGCAUCAGUCUCAAAUGAUGAUCCUGCAUUAUGGGUUUCCAAGGAAGGAGAUCCAGAGAACUGGCAUGUUCAGGUUUUCCGGUCUAUAGAUUCAGGAUCUGUGAAAGGGUUUCCUAAAGAUGUUUAUCAAGCAGAAUCUCAGAAUCUUGUUUGUGCAAAAAAUCUGGUGAUAGACAAGAGCAUUCAGACAGCAUACAUCCAGGCAAUUAGAUGUGCACAGCACUUCAUAUAUAUUGAGAACCAAUAUUUCCUUGGAUCAUCAUAUGCUUGGCCAUCUUACAAAGAAGCAGGUGCUGAUAAUUUAAUUCCUAUGGAAUUGGCAUUGAAGAUUGCUAGUAAGAUAAGAGCAAAGGAGAGAUUUGCAGUUUAUGUUGUUAUACCAAUGUGGCCCGAGGGUGUCCCUUCUUCAGCAUCCGUGCAAGAAAUUCUCUUUUGGCAGGGACAGACAAUUCAAAUGAUGUAUGGAAUCAUAGCACAAGAGUUGAAAUCCAUGCGUAUGGAGAAUUCUCAUCCACAGGACUACCUAAAUUUCUACUGCCUCGGUAAUCGGGAAGAAAUUCCCAAAGAAUUUUCUGGGUCAACUAAGAAUGUGAAGAUAAAUCACUAUUUUCAGGUUUCAGCUUCACAGAAGUUCCAGCGGUUUAUGAUUUAUGUGCAUGCUAAGGGAAUGAUAGUAGAUGACGAGUAUGUGAUAUUGGGGUCUGCCAAUAUUAAUCAACGAUCAUUGGCUGGUUCAAGGGACACCGAGAUAGCGAUGGGUGCAUAUCAACCUCAUUACACAUGGGGUGAGAGGAAGAGACACCCGCGUGGCCAGGUUUACGGGUACAGAAUGUCGCUGUGGGCAGAACACAUGGGGAAGGUGGACUAUUUCUUCAAGGAACCUGAAAGUUUGGGUUGCGUGAAGAGUGUGAACAACAUUGCUGAGGAAAACUGGAAAAGGUACUCAGCCGAGUCCUUUACACAAUUACAGGGGCACCUCCUCAAAUACCCCAUUGAGGUAGAUUGCAGUGGCGAAGUAAGCCCCUUGCCUGGACAAGAGACCUUCCCAGAUGUUGGAGGCAAGGUCCUUGGAUCUCGAACAACGCUUCCUGAUGCUCUUACUACAUAGGCUUCAAAAGUUUUCGUGUUGAUAUCAUCGUAUGGAUUCAUCAACUUUCAGUCCAGCACGCGAGAAGGGGAAAAGAGAGUGGGGCAAAUAUAGUUCUUCCUACAAGCAUAGUGCAGAUUACAGAGGCAGGGUUCACAUAGCAAUGGCUUGUACUUUGAUGCCCAUAUUCUAUUUAUUGAAAUCAGUAAGUCUGUACUAUUGGCUUAAAUAUCUGCAAUUCUUCCACCUUAAAUUACAGCAGGAACGUUUAAAGA